GCGAGUGGCCGCGGCUAGAAGGGCCGCGUACGGCCCGUGCGCCAGGCUGGCCGGAAGAGGAAGUAGUAGUAGUGCCGCCUUCGUCUCGCGGUGGGGGUGGAGCUCGUCCUCGCUGGGCCGGUGGUCCCGUCCGCUCGGCGGCGCCGGAAAAAAUGAUUUCCGAAAGCAGUUCUUUUGUGAAAGGUAUGGUGUUAGGAGGACUCUUCUGUGUAUUUGUUACACUACUAGGACAUAAUAAGAUGGGCCAUGGGACUAAAGCACAUCACCAUGAGCAUCAUCAUAUUCAAGCACCUAACAAAGAAGAUGUCUCAAAUCUGUCAGAAGGUGAGCGCAUGGAGCUCAGCCAUAGUAUCCGUGUUUAUUGUAUCAUCCUUGUAAAACCUAAAGAUCUUGGAAAUUGGGCUGCUGUGAAAGAAACAUGGAGCAAACACUGUGACAAGGCUGAAUUCUACAGUUCUGAAAGCGUUAAGGUGUUUGAUUCUGUUGUUCUCAACACAAAUGACAUGUGGGUGAUGGUGAGAAAUGCUUAUAAAUUAGCAUAUGAACGCUAUAAAGAUGAGUACAACUGGUUCUUUCUAGCACAUCCAACUACAUUUGCGGUUAUAGAAAAUCUCAAAUAUUUCUUGCUGAAAAAAGACCCAUCGCAGCCUUUUUAUAUAGGUCAUACUGUAAAAUCAGGAGAGCUUGAGUACGUAGAUGGUGAUGGAGGAAUUGUCUUAAGUAUAGAGUCCCUAAAAAGACUCUCUAAAAUUUUCGAAGACCCUGAUAAGUGUCCAGAACAGGGAGGCUUGAUUUGGAAACUCUCUGAGGAUAAACAACUAGCAGUCUGCCUGAAAUAUACUGGAGUAUUAGCUGAAAAUGCAGAAGAUUCUGAAGGAAAAGAUGUCUUUAACACCAAAUCAGUUGGUUCUCUUAUUAAAGAAGCAAUGGCUAAUCACCCUCAACAAGUAGUAGAGGGAUGCUGUUCUGACAUGGCCAUCACUUUCAAUGGAUUGGCUCCUAACCACAUGCAUGUAAUGAUGUAUGGCGUUUAUAGGCUCAGAGCAUAUGGGCACAAUUUCAAAGAUGCACUGGUUUUCUUACCUCCCGCAGGUUCAGACAAUGACUGAUAUCUGUUCAAAGAAGGCAUAUGUAUUGUGUAGAACAUGCAGUCAGCUGUUAAUGCAUAAUGUGACUUGCAUGUAUACAAGCUGGUGCAAUUUUUGUAUUUGAUGGUAUCUGUGUAUUUUUUGCACAUCAGGGUUUGUUCAUUUUAGUUUUAAAAGGGGGAAUCUUUUUUUUCUAAAACUUUUAUACAAAAAUGUUUCUGGCUCUUGACUGUGUUGGAAUGAAAAAUGUUAAUGGUAAUGCUAAAAUCUUUGUGUGAUAAAGGAAAUGAAUUUAUAGGGGAUAUUUGUAUGGCUAAAUAUUUAUAAGUGAAAACAAAUGAAUCUUAAUCUAUUGUAAUUUAAAUAUAUUUUUGCAAGAUUUUUUGAUUUUGAACUCUUCCAUGCACUUCUUGAAAAUCUUUAUAUCUUUCUAAGAUGUACAAAUAAAACUGAAAAUACAGAUUUAGUAUUAAAGUACACCUUUAAGCUGUUUUCUUUACACUAGUGCAUAGAGCAAUUUUUUUUCAGUUUGUUGUAGUCUAGAAUAGAAAUGUCAGUUGCCUGAAUUUUUACACUUUCAGAAAAAUGUAGCAGUAUAAUAUGAAGAAACCUAAUCAACUUCAUAACCAGCUGAAGGCUGCUGUGCCUACUGAUAGUGCUGUUUAGUCAGACUUCUAUAA